UUAAGAGGGUGCAGCCGUGAGAAGGCGAGAUUUCGAUAUUUUAGUGACUUUUGACAUGCUACUUUUCACAUAAUCGAAGCUUAUUAAAUAAAGAAAUGUACAAUUAUGUAAACAUAAAGUCUUAUAGAAGUGUACUGCAAAGGAAAAUUUUGGUAUUUAAUAGUACAUCUUUGUUUAAUUUGUCAUUUCUUAAAAGCAAAAUUUCAAAAGCGCUCGUCAGAGCUCACUUUGAGAUAUGAAAUUACCAUUAAGCUAUGUAAAUACAUUUUUUUAAAUAUUUUCGUAGGACAGAAUAUAUAGUCUAUUGGUGAACCACAGCGGAAAAUAUUAAAAAUUAUAUAUUUUAAUAAUUACGCACCCAUUUUUAUAAAUGACUUAUUAUACGAUUUUGGAAACAGCUUUUUAUGAGAAAAGCCCGAUUUUAUUCGUUAAAACUAUUUUGUAUCGAUUAACUGAGGAUGAAUAAAUAAUAAAAGUAAAUUUACAUAAUUAUUAUACGACGAUAGUUAUUACAAACUAUUAUUGAAAAUGGCCUAUAUAAUUACGCGCACGGGCGAAUGUGAUUUAGUACGCGCCGGGUCAUCCCAGAGGGUGGACGUAUCGCUCAUUUCCCGCGCGUCUAAAAGUUGAUUGACCUUACGUACGACCGAGGUUCAAAAGGAGUAUAGUGCGUCAUUGGAUUUGAUACUUUAGUAAGUAAAAUUUCUAGUUAAUGUUUCUUUCGAGUUGUCAUAUCGCAAUUUUGCUAAAAAAUAAUAUUAUUACAGGCAUGGGUAACAAACGCAAAAAAUAUAGUUGCAGUAGAAAUGCGAAGUCUGCAGCGAACGCCAGGCAAUCAAAAAGGAGAAAGAUUAACGAGGAAAAAAACCAACGUACUCAUGAAUCUCCUGACAAUAACGACUCCUGUGUUGAUUCAAAAAAUAAUAAUCGUGACAAUGAAUUAUCUGAUGCACUCAUAUCGGAUCUGGAAAAAAUAGAUGAGAAAAAACAAAAUAUACAUUUAGAAGAAACGGCAAAUAUUGAAGAGUUUGAAUUGGAAGUGGAGCCACAAAAACAUAUCAUUCCUCCAUAUCAAAUUAUAGGAAGAAGGAUUGUUGAUUUCAUGUAUUUCUUUGAUCAAAUCAAAAUCGUAGCUAACCAUAAUCCUGGACUCGGUUGUUCAAUAAGUAAUGUUGAAAUUGUCAAAGAAAUACUUAAUGGCUUAGAAUCGACAAUCCACUUCAAAUGUACAAUGUGUAACAAGAAAUUUAAUGUCACACUAUGCAAUAAUAAUUUUCCAAAAGAGAUGACCACAAACCAUGCUGCAGUGACUGUUUGUAAAUAAUAAAAUCUAAAAAUGUAA